CAGCUGACGUCUGCCACAACAGUAGCUGCACAAGAACACGGCGCAAGUGCAAGCCGCUCCAUGUCCUGGAACAGCGAGUGCAUGCAUGCAUGGAUCUAACAAUGUCGACUACAACGACGAUUUCCACGUCCCCUGUGCCCGACCAUGAUGACCAUGGUCACCACCUCUCUUCCUCCUCCUUGCCACCAGCAACGCCACAGCCAUCGGUGCCGCCGAUUAUCCCGGCCUGCGACCCGCACGACGGCCCGGCGUGCCUGCAGCUCAUCGAGGACCUGACCACCCACGCCGGCGCCAUGCAGCGGCGCAUCCUCGGCAAGAUCCUCGCCAUGAACACCGGCACGGACUAUCUCCGGGGAUUCCUCGGCGCCGAUGCCGAGGGCUACAACACCAGCGAGCUCGCCGUCGCGUUCAAGGAGCGCGUGCCGGUCGUGGAGUACGAGGACGUCAAGCCGUACAUCGAGCGCAUCGCCAACGGCGCUCCCUCGUCGCUCAUCUCCUCCAAGCCCAUUACCGAGCUCCUCACGAGCUCCGGCACGUCGGGCGGGCAGCCGAAGCUGAUGCCGUCGACGGAGGACGAGCUAGACCGCAAGACCUUCCUCUACAACCUCCUCGUCCCUGUCAUGAACAAGUACAUUGAAGGGCUGGACGAGGGGAGGGGGAUGUACCUGCUGUUCGUGAAGCCGGAGAUCGCGACGCCGUCGGGGCUGGUGGCGCGGCCGGUGCUGACGAGCUACUACAAGAGCCGCCACUUCCGGCAGCGGCCGGACAGCCCGUACACGCGGUACACCAGCCCGAACGAGGCGAUCCUGUGUCCGGACAGUGCGCAGAGCAUGUACGCCCAACUGCUCUGCGGUCUCGCCCGCCGCGGCGAGGUGCUCCGCGUCGGCGCCGUUUUCGCCUCCGCCUUCCUCCGCGCCGUCAAGUUCCUCGAGGGCCACUGGCGCGCGAUCUGCGACGACAUCCGCGCCGGCCGCGUCGACGGCGCACGCGUCACUGACCUGGCCUGCAAGGAGGCCGUCGGCAGGGUCGUGUCCCAGCCGGAGCCGGCGCUCGCCGACGCAAUCGCUGCCGAGUGCGCGGCCGGGUCGUGGCAGGGAAUCGUUCGGCGGCUGUGGCCCAGGACCAAGUACAUCGACGUCAUCGUGACGGGGUCGAUGGCUCAGUACAUCCCGCUGCUGGAGUUUUACGGCGACGGCCUGCCGCUGGUGUCGACGAUGUACGCGUCGUCGGAGUCCUACUUCGGGAUCAACCUCCGGCCGCUGGACCGGCCGGAGGACGUGGCGUACACGUUGCUGCCGAACAUGUGCUACUAUGAGUUCAUCAAGGUGGAGAAGGACGGCGAAGAGGUCCGGGAGGGGAAGGUGGUGGACCUCGUCGACGUUGAGGUCGGCGGCUACUAUGAGCUCGUCGUCACCACGUUCACAGGUCUGUACCGGUACCGCGUGGGCGACAUCCUGCAGGUCUCGGGCUUCCACAACGCGGCGCCGCAGUUCCGGUUCGUGCACCGCCGCAACGUCGUGGUCAGCAUCGACACCGAUAAGACCUCCGAGGACGACCUCCUCCGCGCUGUCACGGCCGCCAAGCGCCUCCUGGCGCCGCUCGGCGGCGCCAUCCUCUCUGAGUACACCGCCUACGCGGACACCGCCUCCAUCCCGGGUCACUACGUCCUCUUUUGGGAGCUCACCCCGCCUCCGCUGGCGUCCGACGACGACGAAGCCGCCGCCGUGGCCCGCGUCAUGGCGGCGUGCUGCGCCGCCGUGGAGGCCGGGCUGGACGCAGUGUACCGGCGGUGCCGGAGCCGCGACCGGUCCGUGGGGCCGCUGGAGAUCCGCGUGGUGUCCCCCGGCGCCUUCGACGCGCUCAUGGACCUCUGCGUCUCCCACGGCUCGUCGGUGAACCAGUACAAGACGCCCCGCUGCAUCAAGCACCCCGAUGCCAUCGCCGUCCUGGAGGCCCGCGUCAUCGGGAGGUUCUUCAGCGACGCCGUGCCGCACUGGGAGCCUUUCAAGGUCGACGCCGCUGCCAACCCCGCCGGCGACGCCACCGCCAUCUGAAACAACGCGCGCCGUGGGUACGUACAAGCACGACUGAAUCCACUAAGUAGAUAAUUGUUGAUGUGCAUGUCUGAUCGAUGUGAUGUUCAAGAAGUAGUGUGCUAAUCGUGCGUGUUUACAAUGCUCUAGUGUCGUCCAAUUGCAUUUGAGAUUGAUCAUUUGUUUGUCAAUUGGUCAUUGACGCAUUAGUCAUCAUUUGUUCGUGGAUCGUCGAGACAAGUCAGGGGGCGUUUUAAUUUGCGUGAUCACUUAACUCUCAAUAUUGUGACAUGCUCAUUAGCUCAAUCAUGCAUGCUCCUCGUUGAAGCGAAUUGGUCAUAACACUAGCGAUUGUCGGCUUCUCUCUCGAGGUCGCCGAAGGAGAGUUAUGGAACGGAUCAUCCUCAGACCCGAAAUGAAUGAAAAAUCCAUCAAU